GCAUGCACAACAUAUCACGUGAUAACUCAACCCCGUUCCCGUGUGAGUGACUUUCACCAGUGGGUGUGCUUCCAGCUAUUUUGACCCGACUGGACAAACCAAGACAGCUCCUCGUUAAGGAUUAUCAGGGAAGGGAUUCAUUCGGUAGAUGUUUGGACUUCUACUUACACGUUGCAGUGCACGAUUCAUCCGCUCCACACUUCCACAAAAGUGAGCCAGCAGAUACCGUGACGUUUGCGGUUCUCCUUGUGAUAUCAGCGAGCAAAAUGUCCAUGUUCAGCACGGGCAUCCUCGUGCUGACGUCUCCUCUCCAAACCCUCCCCCUGCGCAUCGCCCCGGCGCUGAGCUCGGCCGCUCAGCUCGUCGAGCGCACGCUCUACGUCCACCUCCACCCCGGCCUGAACCUGGGGAGCGGCAGCCAGCCCCGGGCGGUUUUCAUUCCGCCCGCAGUGGACCUGUCCACCAUCAUCUCCCGCCUCUACAGCAACGCGGCCGACGUGUGCGGCCACCUGGACGUUCGAGUUUUGCUGACCAACGUCCGCGCUCAGCCGGGCCCCUGCGGCGGCGGCGCGACCCCGAGCUGCCCCUUCCCCACGCCACAAUCUCUGUCUCACUCCCCGGAGGUGGUGCUGACGGACUUCCCUCUGCAGGACCCGGCUCAGUCCCGUCAGGUCACGCAGUGCCUGCAGAGGUACACGGGCCACUGCUACGUCUGCAGCCCGGGCCUGCCCUCCGUGCUGCUCCACCCGCAGCUUGCGGGGCUGCAGGAAAACGAGGAGGGGCUUAAAGAGCCGGAAGAAAAGGCAGAGGUCCUGCAGACCUACAGUGACGUGGUGGUGGGGGGCACGUUUGACCGGCUCCACGGGGCCCACAGGACGCUGCUCAACGUCUCCUGCCUGCUGGCCAGCAGAAGGUUCCUCGUGUGUGUGUGUGACCAAGCGAUGCUGAAAAAGAAAGUGCUAAGGGAGCUGGUCGAGCCCUACGCCCUGCGGGCCCAGCGAGUACAGGAGUUCCUGCAAGACAUCAAACCCUCACUGCAGGUGAAGAUUAUGCCCCUUGAAGACCCCUACGGGGUUUCUGUGGUUGACCCCUUGCUGCAGUGCAUCGUGGUCAGCGAGGAGACCAGAAGGGGGGGCGAGGCCGUCAACAAGAAACGCAUUGAGAACGGUUUUCCUCCUCUCGUCCUCCACGAGAUCCAGUUGCUUAAAGAUGCCCACCACUCGGAGACAGAGGAGGAGAAGAUCAGCUCCUCCAGCCUGCGGUCUCGACUGCUAGGCACCCUCCUCACCCCGCCUAAAGACACGUCCCACCUCGCUCAGCGUCCGUACGUCAUCGGCCUGACCGGAGGCAGCGGCAGCGGGAAGAGCUCCAUCGCCAGGCAGCUGGAGGCUUUGGGUGCCGUCCGGGUUGACUGCGACAAGCUGGGCCAUGAGGUGUACCAGGCCGGCACUGCUGCCUAUCACAGAGUGCUCGAGGAAUUCGGACCAGAUCUUAUGAACGAAGAUAAAACCAUCAACAGACGUGCUUUAGGAGGAAAGGUUUUUGGAAACCAGGAGCGGUUAAAAGCCCUAACAGACAUCGUGUGGCCUGAGAUUGCACUUCUGGUGGAGAAAAGAAUCAGCAGAGCCCGAGAGGAAGGCGAGCAGGUGUGUGUGUUGGAUGCGGCCGUUCUCCAGGAGGCCGGCUGGACGCCCAUGGUGCACGAGGUCUGGGUCACGGUCAUCCCUGAGGAGGAGGCGGUGGUAAGGAUAUCGGAGCGAGACGGUUUGAGCACAGAAGAGGCCCUGCGCCGUUUGCAGAGCCAGUGGUCCAACGGCGAACAAGUGGCGCACGCCAACGUAGUGCUCAGCACGCUGUGGGAGCCGGAGGUCACUCGGAAGCAGGUUCUGAAAGCUUGGAAUCUCCUUCAAAAGAGGAUCCAGCCGAGACCAGAGGGACACGUGUCCACGUCGUCUCAGCAGUGAGCCGUGCACAGAGAACAUGAAGCAGGAAUACGUGCACACUAGUGACCGAUCCGCAGUAGGAGAACUUUGUGCCAGUGCAGCCCAACGAGGGCUCUCGCUUCGUUUACAAAGACUCGGUGCCUGAAUGAGUUUCCACAGGUUUUUAAACUACUUUUAACAAAUGGAUUGAAAUAUCCUAAUCUAUCGCUAACUAAUUUGAUUUUGGUAUUUGAAAGCUCAAAUUAAUGUUUUGGGAUUAAAUGUAGCCAAAUUAUAAUCGUAAAGAGUGUUUUCUAUGAAUGGCAUUCCUUUUUUAAUAGCUGUUUAAAUAAGCCCAGCAUUAAUUAACUAGAACAUUUCAAUCUGGUAGAUUGUUCUCUUGUGUUCUAGUAGAAUUAACAUGAAUGUACCAUAAACAAAUUACAUUUUAAGAGCAAGUAAGGUACCUUAACUGUACUAGUUGUCACUAUUUACAGUUUUGGGUUGGAGAAUAUUUGAACAAAUUCAGUGUAAUUAUUUUAUGAGAAAUUGUAAAUUACUAAACAUCCUACAUUAUAUUUAUGUGAAUAAAUGGAAUAUUCUGUAAGUUGUCACAUGGAAAUGCACUGUGCUGAAAAAGAUUUGCCAGCAAAACUGUACACUUAAUAAAAAUGUAUUAAGCUGAAGUGAAAUUU